CACAAAGAAUACAUUGAGACCAAGACGCAGCUCGAAGAAGACAUUGACGUGGAAAUCGAGGGGCUCAAAAAGCGCUACGAAGACAAGUUGGCGGCCGAGCGGGAAGCCACGCUGCGCUACAAGGGCGAGAAUGGCAUCAUGAAGAAAAAGUUCACCGCGCUCCAAAAGGACAUUGAGGACCAGCGCGACGCGAUCAAAAACCUGCUGGAGAAGGAAAAAGACUUGUUUGAGCAAAUCAAGACGCUCGAAAAAGACAUUCAAGCGCUCAAACGCGAAAUCCGCGGCCGCGACGAGACAAUUGGUGAAAAAGAAAAGCGCAUUUACGAUUUGAAAAAGAAGAAUCAAGAACUCGAGAAAUUCAAGUUUGUGCUCGACUACAAGAUCAAGGAGCUCAAGCGCCAGAUCGAGCCGCGCGACAACGAGAUUGCCGACAUGAAGGAGCAAAUCAAGGAAAUGGACCGCGAACUCGAGCUCUUCCACAAGUCGAACGCGCAACUCGACAUCAUGAUUGGCGAGCAGCGCCGGCGCCUCGACAAGAUGCAAGCCGACAUCACGCGCAAUCGCAAGAUCAUUGGCGACCAGCAGUCGCUGAUCCGGCGUUUUCGCUGCGACCUCUACGACACAGCGCAGAGCAUCCAAAGUCCAAAAGAGCUCACACAAAAGGUCGCGGGUAUGUACCACAAGUACGUGACGACCGCGAUCGAGGUCGUCGACGUCGACGUCGACAUCCAGCAAGAGUACGCGCGCCAAAAGGACUACUUGGAAAAAUCGGUCGAUGUGCUCAAGAAGAAGUACGCGCACGACGUCGCGACGCACCAGCAUGAAAACAACCAAGCGCGGAACGACAACAUGGCGCUCAUUGCCGAGAUCAACGAGAUCCGCGCCGCCCUCAACGUGAGCAAGGCCACGCUGCAAAAGGACAAGGCGAUUCUCGGGACGCGCGAGUACUUUUCGAAAAAAGGCGGCGGCGACGACGACCUCGCCACCGUCGUCGACAACCAACGCCAAGAGAUUGAAGGCCUUCGGCGCGCGGUCAAGGCCAUGGAAGACCGCCUGGACGCAGCGCGGACCGGUGGCAUGCUCGCCCCCGUGCGCGGCAUCGAUGGCUGACGCACUCGUCGAUAUAAAACCAACC